GCCAGUCUGCUGAUGCCCUUUUGAUUGUAUAAUAGCUCUUCUCUCAUGGGCACAAACUGCCCUCCUUACAGAACAAACAGUCCACAAUAACUCUCACUUUGAGCUAGAUUCCCAGCCUUGUUUUCUUGUCAGUCUUUCUAUCACUCUGUGUUUUAUUAGCUGAAGGUGAACAUGCUCAAAACUCUGUUCGGGCACGCAAAGAGGCAUCCGGGGCUCAUACCUCAGUUUAUCUUCAUGUUUCUGGGCAUGAGUGGAGCGUCUCUCUACCUGAUCCGACUCGCUCUUGGGCCUCAUGUCAGCUGGGACAGGAAGAAUAACCCUGAACCGUGGAACAAACUCGGCCCGACCCAUCAGUACAAGUUGGUGGCCAUCACAACAGACUACAAGCGUUUGACAAAACAAGGGCCUGACUUUUAAAAGACCUCGAUGGAACUACAGGGCCCCACACACACACACACUCACAUACACAAACACACACACACAAAAACAAACACACACACACACACACACACACAAACACACACACACACAAAAACAAAUACACACACACAUACACACAAACAAACACACACACACACUCACAUACACAAACACACACACACAAAA